AGGAACGAGCUUAAGAAAAGAAACGCGACCGUAGAUGCCGAUGUUCUCUUUACAUUCGAUGAAGGAUCACCUGAUGUCAUUUGGGAACCAUUAAAGGACAUUAGGGUUUUCGUUUCUUUUACGCCAGGCACCUUGACAUUUGGAAAGCUUCUCUGUAAGUUACAUAAUCUUGGAUUCUAUGGGAGACAAUAUGUAUUACUGACCUACUUUUUCGCAAGGAUUUCGGAUUGGGAUUCAAUAGACGAGUCUGUUUACGGAUGCAAUAAAAAAGAAAUGUUGCAAGUUCUCGAUGGAGCACUGGGCUGUUCCCAAAUGGUAACGACCCUUGUAGGAAUGUAUGACAACGAUAAACAUUUCUCCACGAAACAGACAUACAACGAUUUGAAACCUUUGGUCAAGCUAAUUCCAACAGCUGGAUUGCGUUACUACCAGCCAAUUGUUUAUGACAGUGUUUGGGCGAUAGCAAUGGCGAUUAAUGCAACGAUUCGUCAGGAGCAUGACAUCGAUGAAAUCAAGAAUUAUAAGCACAGAAAUAGCAAGAAUAAAACAUUACUCGAAUCACUUUAUGGAAAUCUUCUUGAUGUAGAAUUUGAGGGGCUAUCGGGUAAAUACUAUUAUGAAAAAUCAACAGGCGUGAGACAAUUUGACAGCUAUAUUGGACUCUUCGACUCAAAUGGACGGUUGACUUAUAUUGGUUACUUUGAUAAGCAAAAUAGCAACAUAGUAACAAAGCCCGAUGAUGUCGUGUGGAAAUCAAAAGGCGGAGCUGCACCAUUGGAUGAGGAAAUAAAGCAAUACGAACGAAAACGCAUUAGUAAGACUACCAUUAUUGUGCUCUCUGUAUUUGCUGGCUUUGGGAUAUUACUAGCGUUAAUUUACGUUCUAUACGCAAUUGUACAUCGGAAUCAUAUUAUGAUAAAAGACGAAUGGCGGAUAAUGACCUACGUGAUAGUCUUUGGUUGUAUCAUACUUGACACUUAUGUCUUGAUUCACAUAGCUGACCUACAAACUG